AUGACCUAUCAGAAAAACAAUACAGAGUCUCACCGUGCUGGAGUCAUGACUUACCAGCAAAGCAAUCCAGAGUCUCACCGUACUGAUGUCAUCACUUACCAGCAAAAUAACCCUGAGUCUGACCGUACUGCAGUGGUAACAUACCAGCAAAAUAGCCCUGACUCUCACUGUGCUGCGGUGGAAAAUUAUCAAGAUCAAGAAGAAAGAGGAUUACGACCAUGGAAAGUAAAAGCUUUAUCUAAGCUGAGCUUACGAAUCUGA